AUGAGUACCGGUAGUCAAAACUCAGACAUUUUUUCACAAUCAUGGAACGACAGCGAUGUAGUGUUAGUAGUUGAAGGCAAAGAAGUUCAUGUUCAUCGCUAUAUGUUGUCAAUGCAAUCCCCGGUGUUCAAGGCGAUGUUCAACGGCAAUUUCAAGGAUUCACAACAAGAGAAGAUCGAGCUAAAAGAUGAUAAGUAUGAAGCCAUGUUGCUAUUCCUUCAACUAUUAUACCCAACGAACAUGCUGGAUGAGAGUAGAGGCAAUGUAGAUAUCAACGAUGAAAAUGUUCUUCAAAUUCUCGAGAUUGCCGAUAAAUACACAGCUAUUAAUAUCAUAAAGCAAUGUGUGAAAGAAGCCGGGAAGCUUGAACCAGAGAUUACAAUGCGUCUACUUCCUUAUGCCUCACGACAUGAAUUACCACUGGACGAAAUACUUGAAGUCAUUGGCACAGAGGUAUCAACAAAGGAGUUAGAAAAUUAUGCUCCAGAACUUGGUGAUGACCGUCUUUACAUCCAGUCAUUGGAGAAAAAAUGUCACUCUCUAGAGAGACUCGCAAAGCGGGCUUAUACCAUUAUCCUCUUCAUGUUGGAUAGGCACUUUAAAAACGGUUCCGUGGACAUGUCAGUCAGGAAGUGUCAUUUGCACGGAGGUCUUGGUCCAGCCCCAAGUUUUAAAAAAAUCCGGAAAUGCCCCUGUUGUUUGAGCGCUUACCAGAAAUUUAUCAACAAAUGCGUGUUCUCGAAUUGGCCAUUAGCUAUCCGUUUUGAGGGUUCUCGUUUGAGCUGCUUGGAUUUUAUGGAUUUCCUUAGAACCGUAGGGAACAUUGAAACUAGUAUAUAA